GCGAGGCUGACAAGCAUGUGGAAGCCCGGAGCAAGCCGGCUCCUCCUGGGUGCCUUCCGGAUCCCAGCCCGCAGCCUCGGGGGUGGCAUGGGGUGGCAGAAGGAGGCCACCGCGGGGAUGAUGGCACCCCUCCAGCGAAGGAGGGCCGCUCCUCCUUCCUUGCCUCCCCCUUCCCGGUCGGUGAGUGAGCUCAUUGCUGCGGGGAGCUCAUUAGAUGAAACGACAUAUGAAAAACUUGCUGAAGAAACUCUGGAGUCAUUAAUGGAUUUCUUUGACGACCUGGCAGACAAGCCUUUCACUCCUGAAGAUUAUGAUGUGUCCUUUGGGAGUGGAGUAUUGACAGUUAAACUGGGAGGAAACAUGGGGACUUACGUAAUCAAUAAACAGACACCAAACAAACAGAUAUGGUUGUCUUCUCCAACCAGUGGUCCAAAGCGCUAUGACUGGACUGGAAAAAACUGGGUUUAUUCUCAUGAUGGCAUCUCACUACAUGAACUAUUAGCGAAGGAAUUGUCGGCUGCAUUAAAAACGAAACUAGACUUAUCAGCUUUGGUGUAUACUGGAAGAGAGUGUGCUUGACAGAUGUCUUAAAAGAGGUCAAAGACUUUGGACUUUAAACUCAGUGGUCUUCCUCAACGCCAGCUUCCAUUUUUUGUGUGUUUUAUUAAAAUUGAAGUUGUGAUAAGUUAAUGUUACUUUAUAUAUAAAAAUAUGAAACAUUUUUUUUUCUUAUGACAUACUUGAGCCCCCCCCCCAACCCUCUUAUUUGUGUUUGUCUCGUAACAUCUGUUAAGGAUGAUGAGUGUUUGGCGUCUUUUGUACAGGGUUAGUUUUCUGCUAUGCUGUCUUUCCAGGCAAUUCUUCUCCCGACUGAUUUAGUUUGUGCUUCUAGAGACUGAACUCAAAUAAUUGUUAAACCAACCUCAUUUUUUAGUCUUAUUCAAGACUCGUAGACGAUGACAAAAAUAUUUCUAUAAGAAGGUAGUUUAUGUGUUAGACAUGCCUUAUCUGCAUUUGGCUUGGCAGGCCUUUGCAGCAGUGAAAUCAUUUAUGACUUGGGGAUAUUCCAGCAAUAUUCCUUGACUCUUCAUUAUUCUUGUAAUGAGAAUCAAGAAUUACUGAAUUAGCAAGGAACCAUUAGCCCCUGAUAAUCUAUAUUUUGAUUCUUUCAAUGCAAAACUAAAUUUUAGGAGGUAAAGAUAUUUUUUAUGAAAUAACAAAGCAUUCCUUGUUUGUAAAAUCAUUCAAACACAAUUAGUUGGAUCUAAACAUGGCUCUUCUCAAAUUAAAGGGCUCCCUCUAUUUGGGGGGGCCACCAGGAUGUAUCAGAAGGAAAGGAAGGGAGCACUGUAGCAAUUUGAUGGGGUUCCUCCAGCAGCCCACUAGAUUAUUUACCCUGCUGGUCUCUUGAGAGUUUGUGUGGACAGUUGGACAGAGGAAAGAGUAAUGGAAAAAUAUAGCCAUCCUAUGUUAUUCCAGAGGGCCACUCAGCCUUUUUGAAACAGGUUUCAAGGGGCUAUGACGGACAAAGAAUACAGACAUAAAUUCCAUAAACUACCUUGUUUGUGCACAGUUGUUACUACAGAACCACUUCUGGAUACAAUGCAUUGUCUUAUUAAAAACUAUGCACAUAUUGUG